CACAAAGCUGUGGUCAGGAAGGGAGGGCAGGCAGGUGUCAUGCAGCGCAGGCUGGGGCAGCCUGCACACACGUAGGAGAGGAGGGGAGAGCCAAGAGGGGCCGCCUGCCUGCCAGAGGUGUGACCCCACCCACUCAGGAGAGCACAAAAGUGGUGACCACAGCCUUGGGGACAGGCCCAGCUCAAGCAGCCUGGCUGUGUGCAGAGGGGCCCCAGCUCCAGUCCCCAAGGCCCUGCGUGUCCCAGAUUGGCUGUCGGCCAUGUCUGCGACCGCCGCCCCUGCCAACAGCUCCCAUGGCUGCAGCAUGGAGAGGGGCGUCCUGCCACAGGUGGCGACCAGUGUCUCCAUCGGCCUCAUCCUGGCGCUGGGCCUGCUGCUCAACGGCCUGGCGCUCUGGGUCUUCUGCUGCCGCCUGCGCAGUUGGACGGAGACCCGCGUGUACAUGGUCAACCUGGUGGCGGCCGACGGGCUGCUGCUGCUGAGCUUGCCGGGGGUGCUGCACACGCUGGGCCCGGCGUCGGCGUCGAGGGCCCCGGAGGGCGCCCUGUGCAGGGUCCUGCAGAGUUUCUACUAUGUCAACACCUACAUGAGCAUGUGGCUGCUCACGGCCAUCGCCGCUGACCGCUACGCCGCCCUGCGCUUCCCCUUGCGGGCCCGGGCCUGGCGCGGCCCCCGCCAGGCCGCCCUCACCUGCGUGGCCCUCUGGCUGCUGGUCAUCGGGGCUGUGGCCCUGCCAGCGGCCUGGCUGCGCCCAGGGGAGAGCUUCUGCUUCGGGCAGGUCCACACGCGGGGCCCCCGGGCGCUGGCCUUCUCCCUGCUGCUCUUCCUGUUCUCCCUGCUCAUCCUGAGCUUCUGCUCGGCCCAGGUGCUCUGGUGUCUCCUCCAGCAGUGGACUCGGGCGCCGCCCCAGGCCGCUGCCCCGGUCCUCAAGGCCCUCUGCGUGGUGGCAGCCAACCUGGCCACCUUCGUGCUCUGCUUCCUCCCGCUGCACAUGGCCUUGCUGGCCAAGCUCGUGGCGCAGUGGACAGGUGCCGCCUGCCCCACCGUCCAGAAGGUGGCCACCUUCGUGCAGGUCACCUCCCGAAUUGCCAACGCCAACUGCUGCCUGGACGCCAUCUGCUACUAUUUCGUGGCCACAGAGUUUCAGGAGGAGGUGGGGGCCAUCCUCGCCAGGCCCCGGCCUUUCCAGGGAGCGGCACAGAAGGGGGCCCAUGUCCAGUCCUGCAGCACGCUGCCCACUGUCUGGGGGGUCCCGGCCCCCCCCAGGGCUGCUGUCUCCUCUCCUCCACCACAUCCACAAGAAACAGCCUCACUGAGCACAGCAUGACUCGGGUGCUGUCUCUGAGGAUUUACGGGUCUGGGGGACAGGCGUUUUCCCUCUGCAAGCUGAA